AUGACAAAAAUCGCAAAAGAUUUGCUAAUUAAUAUCGCUCAAAAUAUACUGACUGAUUCGAACGAAAUAAAGAAGCGAAAUUUUAUUGAAACGAUCGAAUUACAAGUUGUAUUAAAAAAUUAUGAUGUUUAUCGUGAAAAACGUUUCAGUGGAAACAUUCGUCUACGCAACGCUCCAAAAUUAAAAUACCGCGUUUGUGUUUAUGGCGAUGAACGUCAUUGUGAUGAAGCACGUGCAAACAAUAUUUCAUAUAUGUCUGUUGAUGACUUGAAAAGAUUAAAUAAAAACAAAAAAUUAAUUAAAAAACUAGAGCAUAAAUAUGAUGUAUUUUUGGCAUCUGAUACAAUUAUUCGUCAGAUACCCAGACUGUUAGGGCCCGGUCUAGGAAAGGCGGGCAAAUUUCCAACACUCAUUACACAUGAUGACAAUUUAAUGGAAAAAAUUGCACAAUUAAAAUCAACAGUUAGGUUUCGAUUAAAGAAAACGUCAACGUUAAAUGUAGCUGUUGGGAAUGUAACUAUGAACAGUCAACAGUUGGUAGAAAAUAUUAAUACGGCAAUUAAUUUUCUCAUCUCAUUAUUGCGAAAACGUUGGCAUCAUUUGUGGUUCGCUGAUAUUAAUAAUAAAAAUCAUGAAAAUAAAUUCGUUAUUAAUGAACCCACAAAGUCAUCCUUUUUAUUACCGUUGUCGCCGUUGUUUGAUGCCGUUGUUGACGAUGAUUUUUUAGCUGUAAAAUCAUUUAUUGACAAACGAUACGAUAUUAAUACACAGGAUAAUGAUGGAAUAACAGCACUUCAUCUUGCUGCUUAUUUCAAACGUGAGUCAACUUGUGAUAUAUUACUGUCAAAUGGCUGCUAUGUUAAUGCAAAAGACAAGCGAUUUUUAACACCGUUAUUUUAUGCAUGCAAAUCAGAUUGUUCAACAAUUGUUCAAAUGUUGACUGAAUAUGGAGCCGAUUGCACAUCUCAGAAUAAACAUUAUCAAACACCACUUCAUAUAUGUGCCCAAUCGUCAAAUGGUACAUCUUGUGCCGUUCAUCUUCUACCACGUAUUCAUGAUAUUGAUGCAAGUGACGAAGAAAGACGAACACCACUUCAUUAUGCUUGUUUUUUCAACAAUAUUGAAAUGUGUUCUCUUCUUCUAUCCAAUGGAUCAAAUCCAAAUUUACAAGAUAAAACUGGUAAUAGUCCCCUUCAUUAUGCUUGCGAGAAAGGCUUUGUUGAAAUAAUUGAGUUAUUACUCAAUGGAAAACAUAAAGUGAAUUUAAAUUGCACGGAUAAUAAUCUCAUAACACCACUUCACUUAUGUGCAUUUAAUGGACAUAGUGAUUGUUUGAAAAAAUUGAUUGAUUCAGGUGCCAAUAUUGAUGUUCGAACAACCAGUGGUGCUCUGCCCAUACAUUAUGCGGCAUAUUUCGGAAAUAUUGAUCUUUUAAAUAUUCUUCUAAAUCGAUCACAAAAACGAACACAACUGGAUGAUACAGAUCUAAUUGGAAAUACAUUACUUCAUUUUGCUGCGUGUACAAUGUCAUUUAAUUCUACAAUUAUUAAUCAUAUAUUAACACUUGAAAAAACGUUGUUGAAUGUAAAAAAUAAUCGCGGACAAACACCAUUGCAUUUAGCUGUUUCGCAUAAUAAUAUCGAUGCCGUUUCUCAAUUAAUCAAUGCUGGUGUUGAUGCCAGCAUAGUUGAUAAUGAUCAUUUAUCUCCAUUACAUUUAUGUACUUCAUUGAUGACCGUAUCAAAUCGUUCAUGCAUUUUAUCUAAACUCGUUUCUUAUUAUCCGAAUGGUUUAUGUCAACAAAAUAGUGAUGGUUUAAUUCCAUUACAUUCAGCAUUAUUAGCAAAAGAUUAUUUGACUAUUGAUAUUUUAUUACCAUCCGAAGAAUUUGAACUUAUUGAACAAGCAAAACAAUCAUUAAGAAUAAAUGAUAAUUAUGGUCGAUGUUCAAUUCAUUUUGCAUCAGGAAUUGGUUAUACAAAAUUAAUAAAAGAACAUUUUACAGAAAAUGAUGUUAAUAUAAUUAAUCAACAAGAUAUUUAUGGUUUAUCUCCAUUACAUCAUUCAUGUGUCGAUUGGCAUGGUUUAAAUUCAAUUGAUGUUCUACUAAAAUUAGGUGCAAAUGUUAAUUUGAAAUGUUUUGACUUUGAAGGAAUUCCAUUACAUUAUGCAUUUGUUUAUUGUUGUUCAUCUGAUGUUAUUGAAAAAUUGUUAAAAGCUGGUAGUGAUCCAUCUAUUCGAACUAAACAUGGAUGGGAUUGUUUGUCAUAUGCUGUUAUUCAAAAUGAUAUUAAUUUACUUAGAUUAUUAUCAACAUAUUAUUCGUAUAAUAUUAAUAGAGAACAAGAAUUUAAUGUAUUACAUUUAGCAUCAGUCUAUGGAAAAGAUAUUAUUUUUGAAUAUUUAAUUGAUAAUUAUUUUUCUGGUCAAGUAGACAUGUGUACAUCGGAUGGUUAUACAGCAUUACAAUUAUGCUCAUUAUAUGGAGAUAUUAGUUGUAUUAAUAUUCUUAUUAAUAGAAAAGCGAAUGUUAGUAAAAUAAAUACAAUAGAUGGAAAAACAUGUUUACAUUAUUCAGCUCAAAAUGGACAUACCGAAUGUUUACAUACACUUUUGCAUGAAUUACAACUGAAUAAUACACUAUCAACAGUUAUCGAUCUAGUUGAUACCAUUGGAAAAACUGCAUUACAUUAUGCCGUUGAAUCAGCUUCGCCAACCUGUGUAAGACAUUUAUUAAAAUUUGAUUGUAAUUUAAAUAUUGGCGAUAAAAAUGGUUUAACACCAUUACAUUAUUGUGCUCUUUUAAAUUCUGAAGAAUGUUUACAAGAAUUACUUGAAAAUGAACAUAUACUUCUUACAAUAACAUCGAUAGUUGAUAAACAAAAAAAAUUACCAUUACAUUAUGCUGAUGGAAACGUUACAAUAUUAUCAACACUACUCGAAUUUGAUUACAAAGACGUUGGGGAUGAAUACGCAUUUAGUCCUUUACAUUAUGCUGCAUUUCGAGGUCAUGAAACCGCUGUUCGAAUUAUAAUUGAAUCUGGUCAGUUUGGUUUAUUAUGUUGGAAAACAAGUCGAAUCACACCGUUACAUCUUGCAUGUUUGAAAGGUCAUUUAUCAUGUGUGAAAACAAUAUUAAAAUCAUUCCAUAAAGAUUCCAUACAGUUCAUUAUUAAUCUACAAACAAAACAUGAAAAAUUGACGCCUCUACAUUUGGCUGUUUUCAAUAAAGAUUAUCUCUGUACAAAACAAUUGCUAAAAUAUUCAGCAAAAAUCAAUUGUUUUGAUCAUUUGAACCGUACACCAUUGGAUUAUGCGAAAGAAAAUGGCUUAAAUUCAAUUGUUGAGUUAUUAUCCAGUGUAAAAGAUCCGAAAAAUAUCUGA